AUUCCAGACUGUUUGGAUGGAUAGGGGCUGUGUUGAGAACAUAUGGUUUCGUGCUCAUGCUAUAUCUAUAGAUAUGCAGUUGUAAUUUAGGAACAUGCAUUUACUAAGCGUUUUGUAAUGUAAUUCACUGCUAAAACAUACCCGUCAACAAAGGAGUAGCUCAUAUAUUUCACAAUAGGGUCGAUUUAAAUUAAACUUGCUAUUUAUAAAUGAGAUGCAUGCAUGCUUAUAAGUUUUAUGAGUGAAAUAGUCUCGAUCAUAGAGUCAGGUUUGCAGCCAAUACCGGUAAACUUUGCGCACGCGUGUUUACAAACAACUUCAAGAGAGUGCAUGUAUUUUUAGAUCGUAUUUACUUCUAGGUCGUGCUUACUGUGAAGACAUCUUUUCUUUAGGGUUGGUAGCCUAAUCGAGAACCGUUCAUUAAAAAAACAAACAAAAAAAAAAAAAAUACUGGAACCGAAUGAUUUACAUGAUGUGAUUUGCAUGAUCUGGUAAAGGAUAUCGAACGAUGCGGACCGUAUUGAACUGUUGACAGUUUUUAACGCACUACUAUUCGUUAAAACACCGCUACUGGUUAACCAGCGCAAAACACACUAAGUCUUUAACUUAAAGUGAAUAAAAAAUUAAAAACACACACCCGACCAUGUAGUCCGGUUCGCCAAAAGAAUUAAUCUUGGGAGUCGGUUUUUUAGUGAAUCGAAAACAUCCAGCGCCACUGUGUAGUCGUAUACGAAUGAUUCUCAAGACUCGGUUCUUUGUAGCGAAUCAACAUCUUGAGCGCACUGUGUCAGAUUCCAGAGCGAAGGACUCUUAUGAAUCGGUUCUUUGUAGUGAUUCUGAAUCAACUGGAGCGGUUAUUGAUUUAACUUAAUGAGCAAUUGUUACAUUCGUCGUGUCUGAAGAGAAGCAAGACAAGUUACUGCGCUAUGGCUGUUGCACAGGGGUUUGGAGGUGCAUGUGACAGCUCACACCAAUUGUGGGGACUCCGAGUAUGGCCUUAGCUGGAUGCCCAGACUACUUCCUCCAUCAUCCAAACUACCAGGACAAUGUUGACCGCACCCCCCCUCACAGACCGUCAAAUCUCAUCGGUUCAAGCUUCCAGCAGUCGUCCAAUCUGAAUUCUCCUAAUCACCCAGAGGAUGAUGUAGAUCUGGAGGCCCUGGUGAAUGACAUGGCCUCUCUUUCUUCCUAUGAGAGCAUCUAUGCAACCUGUGGGACCCGGCAUUCGGACUCAACCCCCCUCUUGCACAGCACUGAUGGCAGUGGACUCCAUGGCAACAGAGUGGCCCCACUGCCACGGACCCCUAGUAAUAAAGUGACCGCCCCCCACUCUCCAGCCCAAAAGCUCCGGCGAUCACAGCCAAUGCACAUACGGGCCGUCAGGCGACUUCAGGAAGAAGAGUUGCAAGUUCGUCCAGCAUCUUUGCCAGCAAUUCCGAACCCGUUCCCUGAGCUCUGCAGCCCCUCGGGAUCUCCUGUGCUGAGCCAUGGAUCUCUGCCACAGCCAUCGGAGCCACAUAUCAUCAAGGUUUUCAGUGAGGAUGGUGUGGGAAAAGUUGUGGAAGUCCCCGCCGACAUGACGGCCAGAGAUGUGUGUCAGUUCCUGGUCUACAAGAACCACUGCCUGGAUGACAACUGCUGGUCUCUAGUGGAGCAUCAUUCCCUGCUUGGUCUGGAGAGGUGCCUAGAAGAUCAUGAACUGGUUGUUCCUGUGCAGGCCUGCAUGUCUCCAGAGAGCAAGUUUCUCUUCAGGAAGAACUACGCCAAGUACGAGUUCUUCAGAAACCCACUGAACUUCUUUCCGGAGCAGAUGGUAGCGUGGUGUCAGGAAACUAAUGGCUCUAUCCCACAGUCACAGCUCUUACAGAAUUUCUUGAAUUCCAGCAGCUGUCCAGAGAUCCAGGGCUUCCUUUAUAUGAAAGAAACGGGCCGCAAGUCCUGGAAAAAGCUCUACAUUUUCUUGCGCCGUUCUGGAUUGUACUGCUCUACUAAAGGAAUGUCAAAGGAGCCAAGGCACCUGCAGUUACUGUCGGACGUAGAGGAGAGCAAUAUUUUCACUGUGACGACGGGCAGAAAGAUGCACAACUCGCCCACAGACUACCAAUUCUGCAUUAAGCCCAGUAAGGGCAGGACAGAACUGAAGGAGUUGAAGAUGCUGUGUGCCGAGGACGAGCAGAGCCGAACGUGCUGGAUGACUGCUUUCAGACUGCUCAAGUUUGGAAUUCUCCUAUAUCAGAACUACAAGAGCCCACACCAGAGAAAGACUGCCAUAUCAAACUUCACCACACCUGUGCGGAGUGUGUCUGAGAAUUCACUGGUGGCCAUGGAUUUCUCAGGAAGGACCGGUCGUGUGAUUGACAACCCUGUGGAGGCUCAGAGCGCUGCCAUGGAAGAGGGACACACUUGGAGAAAACGGAGUCAGAGAAUGAAUGUUUUGGGAAGCCCCAGUCCUCUACAUCCCUCGCCAUUAAGCUCAGUGAUCCACAGGACACAGUUAUGGUUCCAUGGCCGCAUUAUGAGAGAGGAGUCCCACAGGAUGAUUAUGCAGCAGGGCCAAGUUGAUGGGUUAUUCCUGUUGAGAGACAGCCAGAGCAACCCAAAAGCAUUUGUUCUCACGCUGUGCCAUCAUCAGAAGAUUAAACACUUCCAGAUUUUACCUUUUGAGGAGGACGGCCAGGUCUUUUUUAGCCUUGAUGAUGGCUCUACCAAGUUCACAGACCUGAUCCAUCUGGUAGAGUUUUACCAGCUCAACAGGGGCGUCCUGCCCUGCAAACUCAAACACCCCUGCACCAUGGUGGCCUUAUGACCCCCUCCCGAUCCUAACAAACAACACACACACAAAUAAAACUGAGAAACUGGAUGCUUUUUUUAAAGUAAUAAUUUCCAGUCAUUUUCACAAUAAGCUGACGCAACCCACAGGCAUGACCCACUGCUCUGGGAUUAGCAUGGAAACCUUUGGGAAUAAUUAUGGGACAAGAUCAACUUCCCGGACACCUGUCCUUUGGUUUUGACAAGGGUGCCUGUUUUUUUUUUUUUUUUAAAACAUUUUCUGUGGUGAUAUUCAUGAAUUUUCAUUGAAAUCAAGACUUUUCAUCAUUCAGGACAUGACACUAGACACACCCCCCAUAAACUGAACGGAUCGGGACGGUCGUUUCGAGUGGUGUGUCUGCGGGGACUUGCAUUGCUAAAAGUUACUUGAUGACGAUUGAUAUGUAUUAUGUUAUUUCCUACCUGAACAUUUUGCACUCUCAAGCUGAAAGCAGGUGAUCCGCUUCAUCCUGAGCUUACCGCAACAACUGUUACCCAUUUGCCUUCCUCCUACAGUUCACCGUUUCAUUUUUUGUCCUCCUCUAAGCUCUUCCUGGGGAUUCCCUGUGUAAUGAUGGGAUUAUUGCAGCAGCGAUGACAGUAAUGACCAUGUGAGGUGACACAUCCUCAGCCAAAUAAUGUAACCUGGUCUUUCAUACAUGACAUCUCCAUGUCAGCGAGGAGGGACUAACCGCAAGGGGUAGCAGACUUGCACUUCAAUAAAUUAUACUUGAUUGCUGUGCUUUACCAGCAUAAGAAUUAGUUAAGUUUGGAGUUCUAAUCAAGCUUUGCCUUAAAGGAAUGUUCUGGGUUAAAUAUAACUUAAGCUCCAUCGACAAGCUUCAGCUGUCGCACACACUGUUGAUUACAACAGAAAAUGUACUUUGAAAAACAAAAAGCGUGUCGACAGUCAUCUGCUUGUAAGGAAACUCCAUUUUUCUCAAUUAACUUGCUUUAUAAGUGGAAUCCAAUCACCAUAUUCGAUAUUAAGUUUGUUUCCAAACUGUCAGACAAAUAUUUCUGUCAUAAAUUACAUUAUGCCACAGAGUCGCACUGUAGUUUAAAGAGACAGUUUGCCCAAAAAUGAAGUUUGUCAAAAUGGUCAUCCUGAUCAUUGUUCCAGACUUCUGUUUUUCAGUGGGACACAAAAUAAGAUAUUUUGAAGAAUGUUUUUGUCCUUACAGUGAAAAUCAAUGGGGUCCAAAACAGCAUUUGGGCACUGCUAAUUACUGUAUGACUACAGAGUCAUACAGAUAAGAAUUUUUAUUUUUGAGUAAACUCUCCCUUUAAAUCUGAAUUAGAAGGACGUAGAAAUCAGAGUUCAGGGCGCAAGGGUUAACAAUAAUUAACCAUGACCUUUUGAGAAUUAUCCAUAUUUUAAUCCAGAUCACUUGUUCUGUUUAGGAAGACAAUGGCUUGUUUGAGUCCACUGAAUUUGCAAUUUUUUCCUGUCAGGAGGCUUGUAUUUUGCUCCCGGCGCUGAAAUGCCAUAUUGAUUGUGCGUAGUUUAUAUUUGGAACCAUCAAAAACUUGACUCGGGCCUUAAAAGGCCACUGAAACUUGACCCAGGCCUCUUUGGUAUGGUGUAUCCCACCCUGAGCACAAUUCAAGAGGGUUGUAACUCGUUUCCUACACUGACUCCAGGUCGUGUUACUUUGCGAACGUACCUAGCUAUUAGUUUAGCCCAAAGCUUAACAACUGCCUUUUCAAAUCACUGUGCUGUUCUUGAGCCAUGUUAAACCCCUAAAAGUGACAGGCCAGGCCCGGACUGAGCGCCUGCGGGGACGCUCGCGUACACUCUUGAGGACUAUGGAAGGCCAAAAGGGCCAAAAACGUGAAUUUUAACACGUCAACAACAGGUUAAAUACGCUUAUUUAACGUGUUGUUGAUGUGUAAAAAUUCACGUGUUUUUGGCCCUUUUGGUCUUCCAUAGAGGACUCUGCGAAGUCACGUCUCACAGGCGUGUCUGUAAUCCUCCGGGGCUGCGUGCCAGCUUUGCAAAAGGAGGUUAGCGGCAAAAGGCCGGUGUACGGUUACCUGCGGCGCUACUUCUGCAGUCUCCUUUCUGCCCCUAACGUCCGCCUCGUUACCCUUCCAGCACUGGCCCAGCAAGACUAAGCUAUGGUUUUAUAUGCUAACUCUGACAGCUGACUGUUAUACUGCUGAGCUAGAACCACACGCGCCUAGGACGAGAGUGUGUACGAUGCACACUGCGAUUGUCAAACACUUUAUGAUACCACAAAAGCACCUUUUUUAUUUUCACAUACGAUUCACGCUGUUUAACUUACGUAAACGCUUUAAGAACGUGUUUUCAUCUCAGAUGUUAGCUAAGACUCUGAUCUGCCUUAUCUUACGUUAUCGCUUCCUUGCCGCUUCAUACGUAAAUCGAUUUUGUUAAUUGUAACGAAAAGUACAAGCUUUACGCACUCAGUGUCAGGGAUUGCGGUUGGCUUUUCAUCACGUUAGAUUUAGUAAUUUAGUCACAGUUCCAGCCUGCAUGAGUUAGACAAGGACGUCUGUAAACGAAGCAUGUUCUAACUGGAAUACGUAAGUGUGAACGAUGAUUGGUUCCGUCCAACUCGAGCUCGAAGUAUUUGGAUGAUGCUUCUUUUCAUCAGACUUGUGCUGUUGUGUGGCUCUCAGUGAUGAAAUGUCAAACAUGCAUGUGAAAUCAACUUACCCAGCCUUGAUUAUGCUGUUUUGGUAGUAUUUUUUUUUUUUGAACACAGGUGACUGGAGAUCAUUUCACAUGUGUGUUUGGCUCAUAUGCAGCUUUGUCUAUUAGUAAUAUGGAAACAGUCACGCUCUUCUAAGUAUGUGAAGCCUAAGGAGAGGUAGUAGAUCUAACACUGUAUUAAAACACCAUCUAUGACUAUAUAAAUGUGGUGCGCUCCAAAACAGAAUGAAGAUAUUGCGCAUAAAGUGCAAAUAUGCAUAUUCCCUCUCGACUUGUACCAGUGUGAAAUAUUUUUAGCUUAUAUCGUGUUUUCAUUUUUGUCACAAAUGUCUUUUUAUAAAGAGUAUAUAUUACAGUAUUAAAUUAAAAAAGGUC